AAGUACCCCUACUGACAGCUGUUUUUCGUUUACACAGAUUUUCUCGCGCAAAAAUAAAUUUGCAACAAAAUAUUUUCGCACCGAUUAAAUUUGUGCGAAAAUGAACGAAAUUAAGGAAGUGGUUGUUGUUGUUAAAUGGAGCGGCAAGGAGUACCCGGUGGACUUGACCGACCAGGACACCGUUGAAGUGCUGCGUCAUGAGAUCUUCCGCAAAACACAAGUGCGCCCGGAGCGGCAGAAGCUAUUGAAUUUGAAGUACAAAGGCAAAACCGCCGCGGACAAUGUAAAGAUAAGUGCCCUGGAGCUGAAGCCGAAUUUCAAGCUGAUGAUGGUCGGCUCGAAGGAGGCGGACAUUGAGGAUGCUUGCCGCCUGCCCGAGGACGUGGGCGAGGUGGUGGACGACUUCGAUGAUGCCGAGGAGCGCGAAGAGUCCGUGGAAAAUUCGGCAGUGUAUCUGGCCAAGGUGCAGCGCCGCGUGCGUGACUACAAGAUAAAGGAGCUCUCGCCGCCACGCGAGGGCAAGAAACUGCUCGUCCUGGACAUAGACUAUACGCUUUUCGAUCACCGCUCGCCGGCGGAAACAGGCACAGAACUGAUGCGUCCGUACUUGCACGAGUUUCUCACAUCCGCCUAUGCGGACUACGAUAUAGUGAUCUGGUCGGCCACCAGCAUGCGCUGGAUUGAGGAGAAGAUGCGUCUGCUGGGAGUGGCCAACAAUGAGAGCUAUAAAAUUAUGUUCUACCUCGACUCGAAUGCGAUGAUCUCGGUCCACGUGCAGGAGCGCGGUGUGGUGGACGUGAAGCCCCUGGGCGUCAUCUGGGCCCUUUACAAGCAGUAUAGCGCCAGCAACACCAUUAUGUUUGACGACAUUCGCCGCAACUUCCUAAUGAAUCCCAAGUCGGGCCUCAAGAUACGCCCCUUCCGUCAGGCCCAUCUCAAUCGGGCCACGGACACCGAGCUGCUGAAGCUCUCGGAAUACUUGCGCAAGAUAGCCCUUCACUGCAAGGACUUUAAUUCGCUCAACCAUCGCAAGUGGGAGAGCUACCAUCCAAAAAAGAACUCCUGAACAGUCGCCUGAACAUUUGUCUCAGUUUUCCGCUUCGAUUGUAUGUAAGAUUCGCAUUAGUUUAUUAAAUUAAGAUGCAUUUUGUACGCGUCCCAGACAA